CUGGCUGAUUGUCCUCUGCCCGCAGCCCUCCGCAGCUUCCCAACUGUUUGCAGCCCUCCCCUCCCCUGCUGCAGACCCCACCCGCCCCCUUCAGGCAGACGACAGACAGACGGACAGCCCCAGCCCCGUUGUCGAUGGUGACAACGCGACAGAUGGAGUACCGGCGGGCGACGGACGUGACUGUCGGUGGUGUGCAGCUGGACCUGAAGAAGAUUCAGCGGAGUGUGUCGUGCUGGGCCCUUGACCGCAAGUUCUGGAUGAGGCACCAGAAGGAGGUCAAGGCGUGGGCGGCUUUCGUUGUCGUCCUGCUCGUCUGCUACAAAUACUUCUCAGAUGGAGGUAGGCACCGGGGUGUGCCGGGCGUGGGUGGGGCGGGUGGUCAGGACACACACGUGGGGUGGGGUGGGGUGAGGUUGGAGGGCACACUUGCGGCUCGUCCUCCGUGUUGGUUUGCUGGAUGGCUGGGUGCAGGGUUCAGUGCGAUUCUGACGCUGUCGUCGGCAUUUCAGUGUUUCGCGUUUGUGCUCCUGGUGGUCAAGAUUGUGACACAGGGCAACUGUGCGGGCAUCAGCACACACUCCCUCGUCAUGAACGGGGUGGCGCUACUCUCACGGCUGUGCUCCACACUCUUCUUCAACGGCUACCUGCCCGUCGACAAGUGCUCACACACACACACACACCCCACACGCGGACGCGGCAACGCACGUGUCCAAUGUCUGUUUCGCUGGUUCAGGUCCGGCGACUGGGUGUACCAGGCGGCUGACGUUUUGUCCCUGGUACUGACGGUCCUCAUCCACAUCCUCAUGAGGACUCGGUACAGGAGCACCUACCAGGCGCAGCACGACAAGUUCCCCUUCAUCCUCCCCACACUCAUCGCCGCGGGCCUGGCCUUCCUCGUACACCCCCGCCUCAACAACUGGCUCCCCGCCGACUUCGCAUGGACAUUCGGCCUCUACGUCGAGUCACUCGCCAUGCUGCCACAACUCUUUAUGAUGGUACAAGCGGAUGGAUGGAUAGAUGGAUGGAUGGAUGGUCCCCCACACACGCAGACGCAGACAGAUCGGCCACAUUGCUUCUGUGUGUCGGGUGGGGUGGGGUGUCCAUCAGAGUAAGGCUGGUGGCGAGGUGGAGGCUCUGAACAGCCACUUUGUGGCGUCCGUUGCGGCGAGUCGGUUCCUGGCCUUCCUGUUCUGGGUGCACUCGUACACAGAACUGGGGCCCAGGAGGGGCAAGGGAUUCAACUAUGCCGGUAGGGAUCCGUGCCAGCUUGAUGAUCGAUGGCUACACGGCAUCAGGUGUUGUGUGUGUUGGCCUUAUAGGUUGGGGUGUAUUGGUGGCGUUUGGGACCCAGCUGCUCGCUCUGGCGGACUUUCUGUACCACUACAUCAACUCCAUCCGGCUGGGCAGGGCGCUCAUCAUUCCGGAGAUGGGCGUCUGAGUGAGCUAGACGACGCUGUGCAUGGUGUCCAUGGUGUUAUCGUAUCGUAUCGUAUUGCAUGGUAUUGUUGGUUCGGGGCCUGUCUGCCAUAUGCCAUAAUAUGCACACACAUGCGAUGGGUGUACAUGUUUGUAUGUAUUGGCUGCUCCGGUGUUGCUCUCUCUAUCUCUUUCUCCUUCCUCUCUCUCUCCUGUCUCUCUCCUCUCUCUUUCUCUCCCACCCUCCCUCUCUCUGUGUCUGCACUGCCAUGAAAUGAUUUAAACCGCCUGCCUGCCUGCCUCGGGUGCCUCCGUGUGUCUAUGAAACUCUUUGCUCUCCCUCCCUUCCUCUGGCUGCUGGUUGCUGCUGCUGGUGAGCUAGUCACAUAGACCUACGGCACCGUAGCGAGGGUAGGCACAGACUCUUUUGGCCUUCCUAGGAUGGAUGGAUCGAGAGAAAAGGCAAGGCGGCAGGGGUUGACUUGACGAUUGACGAGAACGAUCGAUAUUUAUCGGGGUGUGUGUCUGUGUGUGUGUGCGUGUGUAUGUGUGUGUGUAUACGUUAGGUGGAGCUGUCUGGUUUUGUGUGAUGCAAUGUGUGAGAGGUGGGUGUGUGGUGUGGAGCGUGGUGUGCAGUGUGGAGUGUGUAAUUGCGUGUCUGCAUGUCUCUCGCGGUGUACAGCCAGCUCAGCUGUACAGUGACAAUCGACGUCGGCCGAUCGAUCCACAUCGAUAUUCCCCGUGUACAAAUGUGGGUGGGUGUUGUACAUGUGUACUGUAUAUACAUAUAACACACAACAUACAGACGCCUGUCCUUCUGCCUCCCUACCUGACCUGCCUAUGCGCCUGCCUAUACCCGCCUGCCUGCCUGCGUACGCUCUCGCCUUUCUGUCUGUUCUGUUUGUGACCGAGAGCUCGCCUGUCUGCCUGCCCGCCUGCCUGUCUGUCUGUCUGUCUCUGCGUACCUGCAUGGCCGUACACACAUACAGGUACACACACACACAAGUACGCUUCAUUCAUACCAUUGGACAGGACAGCAUACACAGGGAUGGGUUCUGCGUGUGUGAUGGAUUGUUGCUCCGAUGGAGGAAGGGAGGGUGGAGUGAGUGAGAGGCAGCCAGCGGAGCGGAGCGGGGCAAGACACACACGCAUCGAUCAUAUCGAUGUGAAGGGCAUCGUGUGCGCGCGUGUGUAUGUCGAUGUCUCUGCUGGCUUCCAACUCUCUCCGAUCCCCAGCAGAUCGAUAAUCGAUGUAGGAUGAUGCUUACGGUAGCCGGAUGCUGCAAUAAAUCGCGGCUGAGUGGCCGACUGACUGACUGACUGUCUGUCUGCAUGGAAGAGAGAGGACGGUGAACGAGAGAGCGAGAGAGGUAUGAUCGACCAGAGAGAGAGGAAGUGUUUUUUUGCGGCAUGGUAGUGCUGCCUGUGCCUUUGCCUGCCUGAUUCAUGGUUUGAUGGUGAGAUUGAUGGACUGACUGACUGACUGAUGUGCAGGAGUCCAUGGGUCUGUCUGUCUGUCUCUGCGUGUCUCCUGUACGUGAGUGUGAGUGUGUGUGUCUGUGACCAUGAUGGUGUCGGAUUAUGCCAACAGGCACCUUCGUGUGUUAGUCUUCCUGACUCAAAGGUGAUCCGCCAUCCCCAAAAGGAGCCUCGCCCAC